UUGAAACAACAAAUAGAAGAAUUAAGACAACGAGAUGAAAAACGAGUUGAAGAAUUAAGGCAACAAAGUGAACAACGAGUUGAAGAAUUAAGGAAACUAGAUGAACAACGAAUUGAAGAAUUGAAGCAACAAAAGGAAGAAUUAAGGCAACGAGAUCAACAGCGAAUUGAAGAAUUAAGACAACGAGAUGAGCGAAAUGAUGAAUUGAGAGAAGAACUGAGACAAAGAGAUGAAGAAUUGAAACGACGAAAUGAAGAAUUUCAGUCUUUGAGACAUAGAAUAUUUAAUGACUUACAAUAUCACGACGGAAAUUGA